GCCGCCGGGGAGCCCACGGCGCUGCCCGCCUACCCGGCGGCCGAGCCCCCCGGGCCGCUGUGGCUACAGGGCGAGCCGCUCCAUUUCUGCUGCCUGGACUUCAGCCUCGAAGAGCUGCAGGGCGAGCCGGGCUGGCGGCUGAAUCGGAAGCCCAUCGAGUCCACGCUGGUGGCCUGCUUCAUGACCCUGGUCAUCGUCGUGUGGAGCGUGGCCGCCCUCAUCUGGCCGGUGCCCAUCAUCGCCGGCUUCCUGCCCAACGGCAUGGAGCAGCGUAGGACCACCGCCGGCGCUGCCGCGACCACCCCCGCCGCAGUGCCUGCGGGGACCACCGCGGCGGCGGCCGCCGCCGCUGCUGCUGCCGCCGCCGCCGCGGCCGUCACCUCGGGGGCGGCAACCAAAUGA